UGCGACUCUUCAUCAAUAAAUUUCUCUUUACAUGUAUUUCUACAAAUAUUCCAAAAAUAUAGCUUUGUAGAGCAAACAACUGAUGAACACCUGAUGUUUCUGUUCAAGUGGAAGAACUUUUCCAUACUUUUUAAAUUUCAUCUUUAGAUUUAAUCAACGUCAUUCCAAAUGUGCAACCAUCGCCGUUCUCCAAUCUGGCAGAAAUCGAAGGGCUGAAUCACGUUCUCGUCAAACCGAAGUUGAACGUGAAGCCAGUCGUGUCACCAAUCGACAACAAAUGGCCGAAUCGUGUUGUCGUCAUACCGAAGUUGCAUAUAGUCAUGUGGCAGUGUGA